CCCAGGUUCUGAUGUACUUCCCAGUCGCUGUGACCGGUGCCUUGGUCUACGGGAAAACCGUUCAAGCCAACCUGUUGCUUUCCAUCAGUCCUGGGCCUCUGCUGUACAUGGUUCAAAUCCUCAUCACGUGUCAUCUGGUCUGCAGUUUCGUCAUCUGUCUCAACCCAGUGGCCCAGCAGCUGGAGGAGUUGCUGAAACUUAAGAAAACGUUCUCCUGGCACCGAAUCGUCUCUCGCUCCCUCAUGGUGGCCUUCGUGUUGUUUGUCGCUGAGACUAUCCCAAAGUUUGGCACUCUCCUCUCCCUGAUCGGAGGCAGCACAAUCACGAUGAUGGCCUUUGUCUGUCCGCCAUUGUUCUACCUCAAGCUCUGCUCUAUGAAGGGACAUUGGCCGCAGAUAGUUGUCCCCCUCCACCAGAAAGUGCUUCUACUGGAGAUUCUGAUCGUGGGCAGUGUCGUGGGCCUGAUGUCCACCUUCUCCUCCGUCCAGUCUAUGGCUAGUCCUGACUCCUUCACUGUGCCCUGUUACAUCAACAUGACGGCCGCCUGUGGGUGACCCCUGCUAGAUGGCCCUGCUAGGUGACCUCUGCUUGGUGACCCCUGCUGGGGAAUCCCUGCUAAGUGAUCUCUGCUAUAUCAACAUGACUGCUGACCGUGGAUGACCCUACUUCCAGAGAUCCCUCCGGUGUUGCUCACGCUGCUUCAAAUUUAAAGCAAAUUGCAAUUUUUUUGGGGCGAAGUGCUUAUUUGAGCUAGCUAUAGUCGAAAUAAGCUACCUUUCCCUCCCCCCAUACCUUAUUUGGGCUAUCCGUUUUCGCGACAGUAACACUGGUAGCACUACAGGUUGAAGAACCAGUAGCAAAAUACUCAUGAGAUCUAGCAGAGGAGAGAAAGGAAUAGUGAGACACACCCUUACACCGUCUAUGAUUCCAAAUGUACUUACGAUGUCACUGCUUUGGAUCAGAUCAAGGAGGUCAAGAUCAGAAGGGAAGGAAGCUGUACUUGGGCAAUAUCCUUCAUCUAUGUUUACCGUUCAGGCAAAGUUAUAUUAUCACGUACAGAUCUACUGCUUUGUGAUCGUCUGUCAAACAGAAAAGGCCAUCCCAUCAAUUAAUCCCUAGAACGGAAGAAUAAGUUUGCUUUCCCAGUUCAGCAUCUUUGUCUUUGUUGUUCAGUUAAGUUUUAUCUCUGUGCUCGACGACAGUAUACCAGUAUAUAAACUAUAGUUUUCAAGUUCGAUAGAAAAUAAAUUCUGGGGUGAAAAGACGGGCAAACUUCAAUUUUGACCCCCGACACUGGAAGAACAAUAGUAUUUUUAUAUUGAUAGGGGUAGAGUUGGUGUUGGAGUGCAGGGUUGGGAUUAUAGUAAUCGUUAGGGUCAAAGUCGGAUUAUCAGCUCAAGGUAUUAUUCAACGCAUGUGCAAAUUUUGAUAAUAAAUACCCAAAUGUACAUACCACGCGUUUCAAUACUCACCACUGUGAUACAUAAUAUUGUUCUGUAAACGCCCAAAGAUCUUAAACCACAAGAUUGUUCACUCAGCCAAAAACGUGUCCACAGCCGAACGCAUAUGUGUCACGAC